CCUUAAGAAUGAGGACAUCCUCAAGGACGAGGAGACCCUCAAGGACAGGGACGAGGACAUCAUCAAGAAGACCCUCAAGGAUGCAGAGACCCUUAAGGACAUGGAAACCCUUAAGGACGAAGGAACCCUUGAUGAGAACCUGAACGAAUGGGAUAUUAUCAAGAGUUCAAAGAGGGCUAAAAUGGCUGACUAAGUCAUUUCCUAUUAAUGCAAUUUAAAAUUUAUUGAAUUUGAAAGUUUUUGUUUGUUUCAGGAAAAAUGGAACCGUGUCCUCUUUGUAAUCGCUUAUCUAACAGAUUGCGGACCAGACCAAAGAUUCCAAAACAGUUGAUUGAAGAUAUUUAUGAGACAUGUAAUCAAGUUAUGUGUGAUAACUGUGCCAAACUGAAUUUGAAACGCAAGACAGAUCACAGCCGGUAUUUCAGAAAAUGGGCCCACAACACUGUUAAUGUUUUAUUAUUCCGUUCAAAGUUAAAAGGACCAACUGGCAGCAAAACCUAUGUACAACAACAGCAUCCUAGCCUGGUAGAAGAUUCUAAUCUAGUCCCCGAUACAGCUGUACAAAAAUCCAGUCUUUGUGUGUGUACAAGCUGUGGGAAAGGCUUUCAGAAUAACAUGGGAUUAAUUCUACAUGAAAAAAUUCACCGGAAUAUUAAGCUAGUCAAAAGAGCAUCUUGUAGGAAAAAACUUCACUUACGGAAACGUUCCAAACAUCAUAAGAUCAGCAUGAUGUCUCCAUUGAACAUUAAUACAGAACCACCCAGCUGUUAUUCUUCACCUGUGCACAUUCAGUUCAGCCCUGUACAUAACUUGGGAAGUUCCCCUGUUACCUCAGAACAUAGAAAAUCUGUAUAUACACCGACUUUUAUGGAAACACAGCAGGGAGUAAUAACUGAACAUCAUCUUGCAACUGAUGAUGUAACUGAUGUUGCUCCAAGAGAAGUAGAAAUUGAUUCCAGCCAUGCUAUACUAGAUUAUGUCACCAAUGAUAGUGCAUGUAUCAUGGGAAAAUUCUCUGUUGAUGUAACUGAUAUUUCUACAGGAGAAGUAGAAAUUGAUGAUUCCAGCCAUUGUAGACCAGCAAAUUUCACCAAUGAUAGUGCAUGGGACAUGGAGCAAGAUUUAGCUGAGAACUAUAACUUGGAAUCUGAUGAAGAUGUUGUUGCUCUUCUUUCCAAAGGCUUAGCUAUUGAAAAGAAGCAUUCUAGUGAUUUGGCUCUGUAUGGAUCUAUUAUUGUGAAUAUGUUAAAGGCCAUUUGCUCGGAAACAGUUGAUUUUUCCUCUGUAGGCUUUAAAAUUGCAGCCUCAUACUUCCGAAGAUUGACUGUACCCUCAAACAGAAUGAGAUAUUCUGAUGAAGAGAAAGAGUUCUGGAAUUUCUAUAGACUUCUAAACGGAGAAAGCUCAGUGAGGAUAUUGCGGGGGAUGGCAAACUAUGGUUCAACAUAUGGUGGCUCACAAGAUCCAAAGGAUUGCAAUAUUAAUUUAGCAGUUCCUUNUCACGUAUAA